UCACACGUUUGUCGCCUAGAGUGAUAUUGCACUGCCAUUCAUUUGACACAUUUGAUCGACUUGAGUGGUCUUCAAUUGAUUUGUUUCACACGUUUGUCGCCUAGAGUGAUAUUGCGCUGCCAUUCAUUUGACACGUUUGAUCGCCUAGAGUUGUCUUCAAUUGAUUUGUUCUGCUGGGUGCUUCCGAGGCAGUCUCUGCAAUCUUUCGUUAUGCCACACGUACGGAGUGCAAGUGCUCGCAUUAUGCGUCGGGCGCUGGCUGUUCAAAACGGAUACUGUGUGCAUUUACCUAUUCGUUUGCCUCUGGAUGGUUUGGUGCCACCUACGUGUCUCCCACCACCAGGGCUGGAGCGGGCGACUGCCGAUUUGGUUCUAGAUUAUCUCUUGUUGCGCGAUCCACCUGUUGUUAAACGCAGUUUGGAGGAGGAGGAGGAGGCUGACAUUAAGACUGUUUCGGAGAAUCUUUCUUGCCGUAUGCAGGCUUCUGAAUCGCUGGUUGAUGUAGAUAUUGGAGUGCAGACUUCUGAAUCGCUGGUUGAUGUUGGAGUGCAGUCGGUUGAUGUUGCGGACUUUCAUUGUGAAGUCGGCUGUCAGACAGAUAGUGUCAAGGGGACAUCGACGUGCUCUCAGGCCACCAUUGCCGAUGUCAAAGCGUGGAUUGACGCUGUUGCCAGCAUCAACGAGUUGAAUGCGAUCCAGUAUUUAAAGAACGGAAUGGAUUUGUUUGAUAAGCUGGUGACAGAACGUGGGUUCCCUACAAAGAAGGCCCAAAAAGAUUAUGCUCGGAAACUGUAUGAGAUGCUCCAGAAUGUGCAAGCGACGCUGGAGGAUCUUCUAGGAUUCUUCGAGGUGCACAGGUUCUUGACAGGACAAAUGAACCGCGCCGAGAUGGCCAAGUUUCUUGAGGUUUCCAAGUGCAGCGACUACCGAAUAAUAUUCUUCGGACGCCCGAGGAGUUUCGACAAGUUGGGAUGAAGCUAUUCGUGCGCACUUGUAUGCAACUUUCGGUUUAGAACAGCGAAGGCUGUAAUGCUUGUAUCUCACCUGUUCUUGUUUUCCUCACUUUAUCUCUCUGUUUGACCUCCUCGCUGGAGCCAUGAUGGCUCUACGGCCCGCUGUGGGCCCCACUAAGCGCUUCAGGUGUGUAAAGGGCAGGGGCCCCUCAUAUUCUUCAGGUGACGUUCUUCCACGGGUUGUUUCCCCGUCUAAUUCGUUGAUUACUUCAUGUGACGUUGAGCAUGCGCCUCUUGUCAUACGGCGGGUUGAACAUGCGUAUUUCGGACUGGUUUGAUGUGAAAAAGAGUUUGUGCUCACUCACGCCUUGCCUGUUUGGAUACGUCCGCUCCUUGCUCCGACUAGGCUGGAAAGCCUGCGCAGUCGACCGCAAAGUCCGCAA